AUGCUGCGAGAGCAUUUCGAACCCAAGCUCUCAGUAAUUGCAUGGAGGCACGCCUUCGAGCAGAGGGAUCAGAGGCCUGGUGAGUCUGCUGUGGACUUUGUUGCUGCCUUAAAACAAGCAGCUAGGCCUUGUGCAUUCAAGGAUCUAGAAGAGAGGCUCCGGGAUCGUUUAGUUUGUGGGCUUCGAAGUCGUGAGCUGCAACAGAAAUUUUUUGCAAAAGAAGAUGUGUCAUUCCAAGAUGCGUUAAGAGAGAUUGCAGCUGAAGAAGCAGCGGGCGAAGCGGUGAAAGCCUUGAGGCUUGCCAAGAACCCUCCAACACCUAGUACAGUCCAUCAAGAGGUCGCUUGGGAGGAUUCCGAAGAAGAGCCAGAGAUGGAGGUAGACAGGCUUCAGCAGCAAGCAGGAAGAAGGCCUCAGGAAGGUAGACAGCAGACAACCUCAGUCCCUCGGUGUUUCAGGUGUGGAGGUCGCCAUAAGCGCUCUGACUGCUGGUUCCGCUCCGCUAUCUGCCGGGCAUGUGGCAGGUGGCCGGAUGGGAAACGUAAAAGAAAAAGCAGCCAAUGUUCGGUGAAAAGCAAUAUGUCAGGGUACAUCCCUAGCUAUUUGGACAAAGAUGAGCAGUGUGUUGUAUGUGGAGACAAAGCCACAGGAUACCACUACCGCUGUAUUACCUGUGAAGGCUGCAAGGGCUUUUUUCGACGGACCAUUCAGAAAAACCUGCAUCCAACAUACUCCUGCAAAUAUGAUGGUUCCUGUGUCAUCGAUAAGAUCACCCGCAACCAGUGUCAACUUUGUCGAUUCAAGAAGUGCAUUGCUGUUGGCAUGGCCAUGGACUUGGUGCUGGAUGACUCCAAGAGAGUAGCCAAACGGAAGCUGAUUGAAGAGAACCGGGAGAGACGGCGCAAAGAGGAAAUGUUGAAAUCCCUUCAGCACCGGCCGGAGCCAACCCCAGAAGAAUGGGAGCUGAUACGAAUUGCUACGGAUGCACACUGCAGCACCAAUGCCCAAGGCAGCCAUUGGAAACAGAAGCGGAAAUUCCUGCCUGAAGAUAUUGGUCAGUCACCAAUGGCUUCCAUGCCUGAUGGGGACAAAGUAGACUUGGAGGCAUUCAGUGAGUUUACGAAGAUCAUCACCCCUGCCAUCACCCGUGUGGUGGAUUUUGCCAAAAAACUGCCCAUGUUUUCAGAGCUGCCUUGUGAGGACCAGAUCAUCCUUUUGAAGGGCUGUUGCAUGGAGAUUAUGUCACUGCGGGCAGCUGUGCGUUAUGACCCUGAAAGCGAAACCCUGACACUCAGUGGUGAAAUGGCCGUCAAGCGGGAGCAGCUGAAGAACGGUGGCUUGGGCGUAGUAUCAGAUGCCAUCUUUGAUCUGGGAAAAUCCCUCUCUGCCUUCAGCCUGGAUGACACUGAAGUGGCACUACUCCAGGCUGUGCUGCUCAUGUCCUCAGACCGCAGUGGGCUAAUUUGCGUUGAUAAGAUUGAAAAAUGCCAAGAGACCUAUCUGCUGGCAUUUGAACACUACAUCAAUUAUCGCAAACACAACAUUCCCCACUUCUGGCCCAAGCUCCUCAUGAAGGUGACCGACCUGCGCAUGAUUGGGGCUUGCCACGCCAGCCGCUUCCUGCACAUGAAGGUGGAAUGCCCCACAGAGCUCUUCCCCCCACUCUUCCUCGAGGUCUUUGAGGAUCAGGAAGUUUAGGGCGUGAGGAGGGAUGGAGGGGG